AUGUUCUCCGUUCGCGUCGCCCGUGCCGGCCUCCGUGCCACCGCCCAGCAGUUCUCCGUGCCUCGCACUGCCGCCGUCAACGGUCUGAGGACCUAUGCCACCCCGGCCCAGGAUGUCAAGCCUCCUGUCUCCCUGUUCGGUGUUGACGGCACCUAUGCCACCGCUCUGUUCACUGCCUCUGCCAAGUCCGCCAGCCUCGACCAGACCUCCAAGGCUCUCGCCAGCCUCGGUCAGACCCUCAAGGCCGACCGCAAGCUGACCACCAUCCUCUCCGCCCCUACCCUCACCGUCGCCGACAAGCAGCAGAUCGUCCAGGAGCUGCAGAAGGUUGCCGGUGCCGACAAGGGCGACAUCCUCAAGAACUUCCUCGCUACUCUGGCUGAGAACAACCGUCUCGGUCUCCUCGAGGGUAUCUGCGACAAGUUCUCCACCCUCAUGGGUGCUCACCGUGGUGAGAUUGAGCUGAACAUCACCAGUGCUCAGGAGCUCGACACCAAGACUGUCAACCGUCUCGAGAAGGCCGUUUCCAAGUCCGAGUUCAGCCAGGGCAAGAAGCUCAAGGUUGUCACCAAGGUCGACCCCGAGCUCGUCGGCGGUCUGGUUGUUGAGAUCGGUGACCGCACCAUCGACCUCAGCGUCUCCUCCAAGAUUGCCAAGCUCAACAAGGCCCUCACCGACGCUUUGUAA